AUGAUACCAUUCCAAUUUUUUCCAGCUCUCAGAAAAAAACGCUGUAUAUGUUGGAUAUGUCUGGAGGACUCCACGUAUGAUUCUACAUGGCUACUGCACACAUGCGGUUGCAAUUUGCAAAUUCAUAAAAGUUGCUACAUAAAAUGGCUGUACCAAAUACACGUUGAACUUUUCCUUUCAGACCCACUCGAUUCACCAAAGGGUGCCGAUUUACCUAUAAUAACCAGUUUGAAAUGCCUCGUGGAUGGACAUCACGACUUUAUGACAACUUUUUCAUUGGCUGAAAUAUGGGAGACACGACCUAUUUGGGGGCAAAAAUCGGUUCCAUUUCAAAAUGAUUACCUGUUCAAUAUAAUGUCUCUUUAUACCAAGAGAAAUAAUCAUCCACCCUACGUUCUGUUGAAAUUUGGCCAGUGUCCCCAGUGCAAGAAAACAAACUUUAUAAAAAGACCCACAGUAACGACUUAUUCUCCUGUAUUAUCUCUAUUUUACCAGUGGCAGAAAAUUACACGGUAUGUUGUCCCAUUGGGAAUCACUAGUUCAUUUCUCUUGAAUCCUGAAAAGACAAGUUUCGAUCUUGGAUUGUGGCAAUUGCGCUGCCUGUUUCCUGAAAAUGUUCUAAGAAAUAUGUUGAAUAUAAGUACUACGAAGGCGUUGGACGUGUAUGCCCAGACUGAACGCGGUUUAUUAAGCAUUCCAUUGACCUCUUCGAUAAUAAUAUGUGGAUUCUUACAUUACCUGAGUAAUAUUUCUAAUGUGAGCGCUAACGCAAUACUCUUCAAAUGGGUAUACCUCAAUAUCGUUAAAACCGCCGGGAACAAGUACUACAAGGGGAUAGGAUUACCCAAAAUAAUUUUAUACUCUAAUUUGGCGACGUUUUGCUACAAUUUUAGUCUCAAGCGGUUUUUUGAUCUAAUCUACAAGAAGCUGAUCGAUAAAGGAGGGAGGAAUUUAUAUCAUGGAGAUUUUGAAAAUACGAACCAUAUGGUCCCCGUCGACGAGUUUUUUAUCAGGCGGAGCUGGUAUACUAUUUUAGCAGAAAAGAUAGUUUGGCCUCUUGUUGGAAAAUGUACAGGAGGUCUUCUAUUGAAACUUUUUCUUUGGGCACAGAAAAAGUUUAAAAUUGAAUGGUCACCGAACUGCUCCCCAUCAGAAUUCAGAAUGAUUUUCAAUAUUAUAGGUUGCGGUACUGCGGCCAUUAGUUGGUCAAGUUUGAAGCUCUACGCCAGUUAUAGAAGAUGUCUGGAGCUUGAAAAGAUCAACAAAUUCGCCGAGGAGAACUCUAGAGAAGAGGAAACGGAAUUUUUCUAA